AUGUCCAACCUCAACGUACUGACUAUCGGAAAAGGAAGCAAAGGAAUCAAAGUCAACGAUACCCCUCCCGUGUCGAAAAAGGCAGCCCGCCAGGCAGCGAAAGCCUCCAAGGCGUCAAGUUCGUCGUCUGCUUCCAAGGCAUCAAAGUCGAAAUCUUCGUUGUCGAGAUCUGCUGCAGACACAAGCAAAGAUCCUGAGGUCCUUGCUGUCGAGGAUGACAAACCAGUCAUCACGGCCUAUUCGCAACAGUCCCGCUUCCACCGUGAAACAUUCGACGCAAACACGACAGAUAUCGACGUCAAGGGCGUUAAUAUCAGUAUUGGAAACAUGGAUAUCCUCGUCGACGCACACUUGAGGCUGAAGAAAGGUGUCAAGUAUGGAAUGGUGGGCCAGAAUGGCGUUGGCAAAAGCGUCCUUCUCCACACACUCUCUUCAAACCUCCUCAUCGGUCUGCCACAGAACGUGUCAUUCCUACACAUCACCCAGCUGGAGGACGUUGAACGCGAGUCAGACCUCGAGUCCGGUCGAAGGAGUAUCUUGCGGGAGGUAAUCGAAAGCGACGCUGGGACAGUCGGAGUCCUGAAGGAGGCUCGAGCGCGCAAGAUCGCCACCAAGCGUUCAGGCCAACGUGGAUACGAAGCCCGACAGAAGCUCCUCGAAGUUGAAGCUGAGCACAAAUCAUUGGAGGGUUGGAAAUCGGCCUCUGGUUGGGACAGUAUCACCAGAGACGUCGCCAAGAGGGUCGUCGAUGAAAUCCGAAAUCGCAUCGAAAACCUCCUUGCUGGAGGAACUGUUUCAGCAUUCGACAACCAAGACGUCGGGCCUUCGCUCAUUCCAUCGUCAGCAACCACCCCCAAUGACCAAGACAAGCUCACGCAGGACGACGUACAUGUUUUCCUCUCGACCUUCCCGCCCUCGUCGACGCUGUCGUCUUUGGAGGUGGAGAUGGAGGAGAGGGCUCGGAGGGUGCUGCGAGGCGUUGGUUUCAGCGAGGACGAGAUCGGACCGUCGUUGCUGUCCGCUGAUCGUGGUUUCGAGCCUUCGGCGCCUAGUCCGCAUGGCGAAGGGAAGAUGUUGAAGCAGCUAAGUGGUGGUUGGAAGACGCGUGUUGUCCUCGCCAAGGCGCUCUACUUGAAGCCCGACGUGCUGUUGUUGGAUGAACCGACCAACCAUUUGGAUCUCCCGGCCAUCAUGUGGCUGACCCACCACCUCACUGCAGGUUCAUCCGAAGAUUCUUCAGAUACGACCUACACCCUCACCAACCCCGACCAAACGGUCGUCAUCGUCUCGCACGACAGGGACUUUAUGGCACGAGUUACGACGGAGACUAUCAUCUUCAAAGAUAAGAAAUUGAGUUAUUUCAAAGGGAACUACGACGACUGGGAAUGGAGUGUAGGAGAAAAGAAGAAACGAAUGGAACGGCUGAAAGAGUUGGACGAUAAGCGGCGAAAGCAGAUCCAAUCUGUCAUUCAGAGGAACAUUCAGCAGGCGAAGGCGACGGGUGAUGACAAGAGACUGGGGAUGGUGGCAUCUCGAAAGAAGGCCCUCGACCGACUUGGCAUGCAACGCCUCGAAGACGGGAAGCGGCACAAAACCUCGUACCACGGCGACCGAGCCGAGAUCGUGGUCGAACAAGGCUUCGUGACGCCGCCCAUCGUCCUUCCCGAGCCGUACAAAGUCCCGUUCCACACCAGCGCCAUCCUCCAACUGGGUGAAGUCUCCUUUGCUUAUCCCGGCACCAAGACCGCGACCAAGACCGAGAGCAAGAAAAACUACGUCCUCCAUAACGUUUCGCUGGACAUCUCCCCGCAUGCGAGGAUCGCGCUUCUAGGACCGAACGGGUGCGGCAAGUCGACGCUGAUGAAUUUGCUUGCGGGGGUGCUGGAGCCGACUGAGGGAGAAGUCAGGAGACAUCAUCGGGUGAGGGUUGGGUAUUUUAGUCAGCAUACGAUUGAGCAGUUGGAUGGGGAGGUGUCGGCGGUUGAGGCGCUGAAACGGAUGUAUGAUCCUCCUUCCGUCUCUGCCUCUGCCUUGGCUUCUACUUCUACUACGAGUACGCCAUCUUCGAUCGGUCUGGGUCUGGGCCUUGGCCCAUCCUCCUAUUCAUCCUCAUCUUUCACCCUCGAAGCGCCCUUGACGCACCAACAAGCCCGCGCCCAUUUCUCGUCUAUGGGUAUCUCCGGUUCUGCCGUUACCCAACCCAUCAAAACGCUCUCUGGCGGACAGAGGAACCGCGUCGCGUUGGGUUUGGUGACGUUCCACCAGCCGCACGUCCUGCUGCUCGACGAGAUCACGAACCACCUUGAUGUGGGGAGUGUGGAGGGCGUUGUGGAGGCGCUGGAGGGGUUUGGGGGUGCGGUGGUGGUUGUGAGCCAUGAUGUUUGGUUUUUGAGGGAGGUGGUGGAGGGUGGUCAGGGUGGGGGGAGGGGUAGGCGUGGUGAUGAUGACGACGACGCGGAGGAUGUUGAUGAUGAUAGCGAGAGUAAAGGUGUGUUCUAUGUGGUCAACCCAAAGUCGAACCCCGGAGCUCUUGUGCGGUGGGACAAGGGUCUUGAUGCGUACGUUGAAAGGGAGAGGAGGAGGGCGGAGAAGCUGGCCAAGGAGCAGGAGAAAGAGUUUGCGAGUCGUUAG